AUGGGAUCUGGGGCUGGAAGCUUUUUGAAGGUUAUUCUUAAGAACUUUGACGUUCUUGCUGGGCCUGUGGUUAGUCUAGUUUAUCCUCUAUAUGCCUCAAUUAGGGCAAUUGAGACUAAAUCUCAUGUUGAUGAUAAGCAAUGGCUUACCUACUGGAUUCUUUAUUCCAUGAUCACUCUCUUUGAGCUCACCUUUGCUAAAGUCAUUGAGUGGAUACCAAUCUGGCCAUAUGCGAAGCUCAUUUUGACCUGCUGGUUGGUCAUUCCAUACUUCAGUGGUGCUGCAUACGUUUAUGAGAACUUUGUGAGACCUUUCUUUGCCAACCCACAGCAUACCAUUAAUAUCUGGUAUGUUCCAAGAAAGAAGGAUGCCUUCAGCAAACCAGAUGACGUUCUAACUGCUGCAGAGAAAUACAUUGAAGAGAAUGGGACUUAUGCUUUUGAGAAGCUCAUUACCAAGGAUAAGUCCAGGAGGAGUAGUGGCUAUACAAUGUUUGAUGGGGACGACUGA